AUGGCAAGUUUUACAGGUGUUUCUGGAGGUAAGUCGGCGAUUGCUUCUACCCCUUUCUAUCGCAUGAGGAAACUGCCAAGUAGCACAGAGUUCACUGGCAAUACUAACCUGGUCACACUCUGUGAACUGCAACAGGAGUAUAGUAAGUUCUGUGGAAAGAAGGUGAAAGAGAAGCUAAGUGGCUUUCUGCCCGGCCUGCGAGGGAUGAUUGAUCUGCCUGGUUCCCAAGAUGACAGCAGGCUCUGCUCCCUCAUCGAGAAUCCUCCCUUUCUUAGUGGUUCUUUUAAUCCUAUCACAGUGACCAUGCUCUCUGGCCCGCUGACAGAACAGUAUCAUCUGAUGCAUAUUCAACCUCCCAAGAAGAAUAAGCGUAAGCACAAACAGAGCCAUACCCAGGAUCCUGUCCCCCCAGAAACGCCAUGUGAUUCAGAUCACAAGAAGAAGAAGAAGAAAGAAGACCAGGAUCCUAAGAAGAAGAAGAAAGAGAAGACAAAGAAGAAAGAGAAGACGAGACACAGUCCAGACCCGGGUAUGGGCAGCUCCCGUACCCAGGCCAGCAGCAGUAGCAGCCUCCACUAACAGAACCACUGGACAGAACCACUUUUCCUGCUGUACUGAACCUGCUGACAUAAGCUGUCUCCCAGACUCUGGGACACUGCCUUGGGGACACCUAGCACCUGGGACCCAGGCCAGCUCCUGCUGUGCUUGAUCAAGGUCAAAAUCAAUACAUACUAG